UUUGCUGUAGACAGAAGUCCAAGCAAUUUCGAAAAGUCAAUACACGAGAAAAACGUGUCUUUGGAAAAGAAUGUCUUGUUAUUUGAUAUUGCAAGUCAGGAAAUAAAAAAGUCAAUAUUGCCCGAAGGCUUCGAUUAUGUGCCAAAGUCCAAGAGAAAACUUCCACAGCGAUUCGAGCUUGGCAGUCCUAUCCCGCCACCACACAUCGAAUUUGGCUUUGCCAUCCCAGAAUGUAUUCCGAAGGGAAGGAUUACGAUGAAGCAGGCCGUAGAUCUCAUUAAGAACUAUCAGACCAAAAGUAAAACUAUAUCCCAGCUAGCGUUCGACCAUGAACUAGAUGUCUCGAUGGUAUCAGCUGUCUGUAAGUACUUUUCCCUCUUUGAACGCGAUGCUGUGAAUGUUUGGGUUCCACCAUUAACUUCAACAGAGAAGAAGGAACUGCUUGACACCCCUGUUUAUCAAGAAGAUGACCAAUUAGCCGGUGAUGGCGUGGCGCGGCUUACUAAGCUUCGCGAACUUAGUCCUCCGGAGUGUUUGGAUAAGUGGUCGAAAAUGAAAAGCUUGGUGGAGUUGUGUGAGCGCAUGCAGGUUCUUUCUACGAUGGAUGCCGAUUCAGCAAAGCUGUUGGAAGAGUUGGACGAUGGUUCGGAUCUGGAAUUGCGGCAGUUGGCGUGUCAAGAGGCCGAGUCUCGUCAUAAGGAGAGAAAAUCCCUGGAAAAUCAGAUCCUUUCGCUUCUCCUGCCGCCUGACCGCUACGCCGACUGUGCGGCGGUGAACAUGGAGCUGAUCGCUGGAGCCGGUGGUCUGGAGGCCGCCAUGUUUGCACGUGAUCUCUUCACCAUGUACGCGACGUACGCACGCCAGCGCGGCUGGAAUUUUUCGCCCCAAUGCGCUCCGACUGAGGCCGCCUCCGAGAGCCCCAUUAAUCACGUCAGUGUUCUCAUUGAGUCCAUGGACCCCGACGAUCCGGUGUACGCGCGAUUGCACUGGGAAGCUGGCGUCCACCGUGUCCAGCGUGUGCCGACAACCAGCAAGUUGAACAAAAUUCACACGAGCACCGUCGCUGUGACUGUGCUCCCUGUUGUCGACGAGGCGAGUUUAAGUUGUGAGCCAAUGAAAGCCCGCGGAAGCAGUUUUGUUUGCGACGACGUGGCGCUUGAGCCAGACGACCUCGAAUGGAGCGUCUUUCGAUCCUCGGGUCCCGGUGGCCAGCACGUCAACAAGACGGAGAGUGCGGUGCGCGUGCGUCACAAGCCCACCGGCCACGUGGUGGCCUGCCAGAACGACCGGUCACAGCACGCGAAUCGGGAGGCCGCCCUGAAAAUCCUCAAGGCCAAACCUCGAGGUGACGUUCCAUGUCUGGUUUCUGUCGCCGCGUACCCAGACCCCUUGGUAAUUCAACUCCCCUCCCCCAGUGAUGCGAACCUACUUUUCCCUAACGACGGUGUGUUUGCAUUGGCUAGGAUCGCCAAGGACGUGGUGCAACGCCAGAUCGAUAGCGAAUUGGCCGAACGCCGGUCGCAGAUGGGCUCGUUGGCGCGUUCAGACCGCAUCCGCACCUACAACUACCCCCAGGACCGAGUGACCGACCACCGACUGGGUCGCUCGUGGAACGGCCUCGCCUCCUUCCUCUACCAGACCUCUUCAGAACUCGACGCAGUCGCUGACGCCAUGGACGAGGCCUACAAACUCAGCCUUCUCGCCACCCUGGACAAACCAUACUUCUUGUUGUGA